AUGAUAGGCGCAUGCCGACACGGUGACAAGUGCUCCAAGCGUCACAACAGCCCCAUCAACUCGUACACCAUCGUGAUCUACAACAUGUAUGUGCCCCCCCGCGACUACAAGGACCUCCAUGCCCUUACAGAGGACUUUGAAAGCUUCUACGAGGACGUCUUCCUUGAGGCCGCGCGCUUCGGCGAGGUUCAGGAGCUGAUCGUCUGCGAGAACAAGACAGACCACCUCAACGGCAAUGUCUACAUACGAUACAGCACUAUCGACGCCGCCAAGGCCGCGCGCGACGCCCUGAUCACGCGUUGGUACGGCGAGCGGCCGCUGUACUGCGACCUCUCGCAUGUGACCGACUUCCGCGAAGCCGUGUGUAAGAGCUACGAGGAGGGCACCUGCGACCGCGGUGAGCAGUGCAACUUCAUCCACCGCCGGAUAAUCGGAUAUCACAUUGCCAACGGCCUAAUGCUGAGUCAGUGGAAGUCGCGGCACAUUAUGCCCCAGCACAGGUCCGACGAGGCCCGCAAUACAGGUCACGUGGCGCACUCUUCUGCCGCCGUUACCGCCCCGCUACCGCCCUCAGCGUGA